GCCCGCCGGAGGGGCCGGGCCCGUGCCGGGCUCCGCGCCGGGGCUGGAGCCGCUCCCGCAGCCGCGGACACCCCGCAACGCCGAUCCCGCCGGGGAAGUCGGCUCCCCUCCCGUUCCCCCGCGGCCGGGGAGCCGAGGCCCUCCCUUCCUUCCCUGUCCUCCGGCAGGCUGAGGGGACGGGGGAGCCCGGUCCGUCCCGCGGCGGAGGGGCUGAGGGGGCAGCCGAGCCCCCUCGGCCCCGCUCCCUCUCCCGUGCUUUUCCACCGCGGGGAGAGAGCUUCCAUGUCGUAACCCGUGCCCGGGCAGGAAGCGGGAUCCCCCAGCCCUCACCCCUGCCCUUUGCUCCGCCGAGCGGAGGGUGGUGGGGCUGGACCUUCCGCGAGCCCUCGGGCCUGUGAAGCUCCGGGCAUGGCUGUCGGAGGGCUCUGGAGCUCCCUGCUGCUGAUGUCCGGCGUCGUGGUGAGCGUGGGGCUGUGCCGGAGGCUGGCCCGGCGCCGGCUGCGCUCCCGCCCGCUCCUCUUCGCUUUCCUGGUGGAGAUGUUCAGCACCUUCCAGGUUUGCGCCUGCACGAACGAGCUCAGCCUGCUCGGCAACGUGGAGCCGAAGCCGCACACCGCCCUCACCCUCACCUACGGCUUCACCGUCCUGCACGGCCUGAGCCUGGCCGGCAGCGCCUGCAACCCCUGCGGGGUCCUGCAGCCCGUGUGGGGCGGCGGGACAUCGCUCCGCAUGGGCGGACUCAAGAUCGCCGCGGAGUUCGUGGCUGCGGUGCUCGCCAGAGCGUUCAUGCACUUUAUCUGGAGUCUGGAGAUGACAGAGCCCCAUCGUGGAGCGCUCUCGCAGAGCUGCAGCAGCCCCAUGCAGACUACAGAGAUACAGGCGUUCUGCAUAGAACUACUCUUCUCUGUCGUUUUCCAGCUGGCCGUCCUGCGAGCCGAAAGUGUUAAUCCCAAAUACAGGGUCCAUGUGAUUGCUCUACUUGUCACCAUGCUCGUGUAUGCAGGUGGAAAUCUCACAGGAGCAAUAUUUAACCCAGUACUGGCUUUUUCAUUACAUGCAGAUUGUUUCUAUGACAAAUUUUUGAGUUACUCACUAGUAUAUUGGAUAGCACCAUGCUUAGGUACAAUACUUGUGGCUUUUAUAUGGGAUGAAAUCUUUCCUCGGAUAUCUUGAGACAUCAAAUCCUGAAAUUUGGGAGCAGCACUACAUUAAAAAGUAUUUUCAACAUCUGCAGACAUAAACCUUUCAGAGAACUGUUGACAGACUUUGUGCCAUCUUUAUGUUCUAUUUUCAGACUUCAUGUUUGAAAUAUUUGACUUACCACUUUGUAUUCAAAUAAUAAUUUUGUAAAUGCAUAUUGGGAUUUUGGGAAUAUCUGCCACCAUUUUCAAUUAAGCCAUAUGAAUGUGAAAGACUGUUAAAACACAAACUUUGUCACUUUAGCCAUAAGUGCCAUUUGCUGACCUUUAUUAGCAUGCAAAACUAAUUUUAGAGAAAUACCCCAUCCUUUCAAAGUUUGAUUUUAUUGGAUUUCUUCCCAUUGGAGGCACCUGCAAAAAGGGAGCUGAAGAUUUCUCAUACUGACAUCAUUAUAUUCCUACUUGCCCUGUACCUACCUCUGAGAGGAAGAAAGGCUCCAGCACUCCCUAGAAGAGCCUCCACAGCUCUGUUCUAGAGGCACCCUACACCAAAAUUAAAAGUCUGUACGAACAACAUUGUUUUAAUAAUAUCUGAGUGCAGGUAAGUAACCCCUCCCUUCCUUCCAGGAAGGCUCUGUCCCAUCCUGUCCCAUUGAGACUGUUGAAUGUUUACCUUGGAAAACAUUCUUUACCUUGGUUGGAAAAAGCAGUAAUAAAAUACCAUAAAAUUCUGUAGACACACACAACAAAUGGCAUUUUAGGCAUAACCCUCUAUUUUUUAUCAGCAAUUACUGCUGCCACUUCAGAGACAGAGUAUAUAGGGAUGAAUCAUGCAGUACUCAAUUGGUCCUUGAUUUUAUGUAGCUCUUCUUUAAAAAACAAAUGUAUCUGCAAUGCAAGAGAAAUUAUAACAGAGGUAAAAACUAUAGGAAAGCUACAUACACAAGCCUGUCCUUUAUAGCCUCAGCUGAAGGCCAACACCUUCAGAGUACCACCCUCUGAAGCUCACUUUCUAGCAUGAGGUUUCUUCUUCUGGAUACAGCUUAAUUUUUGAACAUGCCCAAAUGUAUUUCUCAAGUUUAAGAGUAAAUGCAGUUUUUCUUUUUAUGGUUACUUGGUUUGAAAGGAGAGAUGGUUAACAAAUUCUACAAAGAUCUCAGUGUCACGUCCCUCGCCUCAUCAUCCAAGUCACCUUACAAACCAUAUUUUGAGGGAAAGCCAAUCAGAUGGGGGUUUUUCACAGUAAACUGUGAAGUCUUUAACAGCUACUAUUGUCAGCUAUCUUUUUUGCAAGAGUUUGGGAAGUAAAUAUUUCCAUGUAAUUUCUUCCUUGUUGCAAUAAAAUCUUUUCUUGUUUUAUUUUUCCAAGGUACCUAUAACGUUAUAUUGCAAAAUUAAAUUAACUGUAUGAAAAUGCUUUACAUACAAGAGUCCUAUCCAUGACCCUGUAUUCAGUUACUAAUAAUAAAAAAAAAUUAGCCUACUAAUAUGCUGAAGAGAACUAGAACUGCUGGGUUAUCAUUCAGCAGCUCUUUGACCGUAGUGGGAGUAGAUCUACUAAAGGAAACUUGUCCUUAAAACUCUCCAUGGCAAGGACCACACACCAGCACACUGAGCCUGAAAAGAUGUGAUCCUCUGAAAAAAUACGUAUUUUUAUACCUUGUUCUGCUUCUAAAACAGAUCCUUUUGGAGGUUUCUAACUCCUUUUUCUUGCUUUACUGCUUUUUAUCUCGUUUACCUAUUUUUAAAGUGAUCCAUACCUCAUCAUUUUCCCCCCUUUUUUCACCUUAUUUCUUAUGGAAACAAAUCUUUUAAAAUCUGCAUGAUUUGAUGUCUCCUCUGAGCCCAUGGAGCCCACAGGAUAAAGGUCUCAAAAUUAAACUUUGAAGAGCAUAAAAAUAGUCAAAGAAAGGAGAAAGCAGAUAUACAAACCUACAGGCAGCCCAAAUUUGUUAGAUUAGAGGUCCUACUUCUACAUCAUUUUUGAUGGCCUGCAAAAGCAAAGUCCAUAAAGCGAAGAGGUCAGAUCAGAUCUGACUUCUCCAUGUCUGCCUUGUUUAUUUUGGCACAACAUACAGUUUAAAAGAAAUUGGUACAAAUCUGGGUGAUUAACAAGUAGUUGCAGUAUUUAUAGGCACCAGAAUGUAAAUUUUUUUAAAAAAUCAAUAGGAAUUAGACAAACCUUAAACUGACUGAGUAAAUGCAAAACAAAAGAAAAACAACAAAAGUAGCAAAAAUGGUGAAAAAUAAACCUAAGCUAGGAACUGAAGAAUUUAACUGGUUUUGGUAGUGCAGGCAAAAAGGGGUAUUUUACAUUUGUGGUAACGAAUGCUUAUGAAGUCCAGAACACUUACAGCCUAAAUUCAAAGUUUUAAUAAAAAUAAAACUUGUCAAUCCACACAAGAUGGACGCUGCCUUCAGUGUUCAUCCAGGUUUGUUUCCACCUCACCUCAGUUACUCUUGCUCCAUUGAUUUGACUGGAAGCAUUACAAGAUGUCUGCUCCUUGAGCUCCACAUUAGCACAACACAAAUUAUCCUGGAUGUAGUGAGGGUGCCAAGGGCUGUGAACAGUCCAGCUGCCCUGGAGUUCAUUUUGCCCAGCUGCCAGGGUAUGCAAAGGUCUGCAGUUUAACGUGGAAAACAGAAACACCACAUUCCAACUCAGAUUUACAUACACUAAGAAAACCCCACCAGUCUGCUUCAACACUGAAUGGUGACUUAGAAUUCAAUGAGCUUUUUGCCUCAAUUGUGGUGCCAGUAAGACUUUUACCUGUCCCAACAUCUCACCACGUCAAGAUUCUGCAAACACUGGUGCAAAAAUCAACUCUGUAUCCUCCUUUGUAACUCUGAAUCCAUAACAAAAACAUGUACACCCUCACAUGAAUUCCUUUGUAUGUAUACAAAGGGGCUGGUAAAGACAUUGCUGUAGAAUGCCUUGUUGCAUAACACGCUGAAUACCUCAUUUAUUCGGCUGCGUCAGUGGUUCCCAGCACUGUUCAGACCCUAAUUUGACUGGCAUUCCUAACGAAUAUUCAACAAAGAGUGGCUGUAAUUAUCACGUACCUUGGAACCAAAUCACAUCCUAAAGAUGUGUACGCAGAGUUUACAGCCAGUGAACUGUUCAUGAACCAACACAGCACACCUCACCCUUGGCCCCCCAUAAAAAAAUCACAGGUCAGCUUCAAAAGAAAAUGCAGGAAGUUUGGUCCAGCCUUUCAUUUCAGUACUGGGGGAAGAGAGGAACAACCUGAAUUUGCUGAUAUUUCCCAAUAGCAAAAUCCCCACCCCGCAGAGAUGAAACAGGGAAAGCUCCAGCAGGACCAACAUCUUGGCAAUCUAAAGCUGGGUUCCUAAGUCUGGGAUGUAUCUGACUAACUCUGUCACAGGCAUAUCUGCAAAUGUUCUGGCCUUUUAUCCUCAAUUCCAGGUAAAUGAUAAAAAUGGCCUUGGCUUCACUGAAGAUUUUUUUGUUACAGAAGAGAGUUUGACACUCAAGAGCUCAAGCUGCUUGCUAAAGUAAAGGAGGGAGAACUGCAACAGUGAGCUGGUUGUAAGAUACAAAAAUCUUAGUUUAUUUAACAAUGUUAACAUUUAAUACAAAGACACAAAACAGUUCUCUUUGUCCGGACCUUACAGACUUUACUCUGUCUCCUCUACUACCCAAGCUCAGCUUUCAGAGAAAUGAAAGGGAUAGCACUGAAAUGAUAAAGCUAUUACUUGAGGGGGUUUAAAUUCAGCUUUUCCUUCAGUCCUUGGCCAAACCUAUUUCCUUUUAGUCGUAACACUUCUGUUCCCAUUUCUACUCCACAGAGUCAAUGAUAGGUAAAAAAAUAUGGAAAAUUCUAGGACAAUCUAAAAUUCUGUUCUACUUACAGUUUUAUUUCUGAAGUCCUAGAAUUCCUACAAAGGCUUCUUUAAAAGGCCAGAGAGUUUGGUCAAAGAGACUGUGGCUGCCCCAUCCCUGGAAGUGUUCACAGCCAGGUUAGGAUGGGGUCCUGAGCAACCUGAUCUACUCAAUGGCAUCCAUGCCCAUGGCAGGUGGGGUUGGAACCAGAGGAUCUUUAAGGUCUGUUCCAACACAAAUCAUUCUGUGAUUCUAUGAAAUGACCCCUGAUUAGCCCCAUUCAAGUGUUAGAUGCAAGAGGUUUUAUUGUUUUUGUUUAUUU